CGCCUGGUGCGCCGGGCUGGAUACGGGGUCCCGGGCUGAUAGCAGCGCGCAGCAGCGGCAGUCGCCAGCCUUCUUCCCCACCAGCGGCCGCGCAACCGGUGACUGCUGGCCAUGGGCAGCCGCGGCAGCCACAGCCUCUGCCGCGGCUGCUUGGAACAGUCCCGGGCUGAUAGCAGCGCGCAGCAGCGGCAGUCGCCAGCCUUCUUCCCCACCAGCGGCCGCGCAACCGAUUCCGGGCUGAUAGCAGCGCGCAGCAGCGGCACUCGCCAGCCUUCCUCCCCACCAGCGGCCGCGCAACCGGUGACUGCUGGCCAUGCGCAGCCGCGGCAGCCACAGUCCCGGGCUGAUAGCAGCGCGCAGCAGCGGCACUCGCCAGCCUUCUUCCCCACCAGCGGCCGUGUGGUAUGUUGGGAUUGGGACGUGGGUCACCUGCGCCUGCGCUUCGUGUGUGUGUAUGCGCCCACGGCCGUGGCGGACAAGCCUGCUUUCUUUGCCGGGCUGCAUCCCCACCUGGCCACGGACAGGGUGCUUGUUGUCGGUGACGGCGCUUGCACGCAAUGGGAGGCGGACAAGUUCUUCUUGCGGGAGGCCGCCACCAGCAUCCACCGUCGGCAUGCACGCCAGACCCGGGAUGGGCUGCAUGGCGUGGUGCUGGCCGCAGACACGGCCGCUGCCCUGGCCGACCGGCCGGGUGCCAGCGCCGCGCAGCGUCAGGCUGCGGCCAUGGCCAACUUGGCGGUGCGGGAGGAGCGGGCAGCUGCCGCAGCGGCCAGCCACAAUGCCCGCGCUGCACUGAUGGAGGAGCAUGGGGAGCGGGGCACUCGCUGGUUCCAUCGGCAGGCUGACGAGCCAGCAGCCGGCGCGCAGGAGCCCAUCACGCACUUGAAGGUGCCGGGGCAACCGGCGCCUGUGGCGCUCACGGGGCCGGGCACGCGCAACACUGUCUCCGCAGCCGCCACAGCCAUGUACAGCAGCGCCAGCCCCACCGGCCUGUUCCGCGUGCAGCCGGUCUGUACGGCGUCGCAGCAACAGCUUCUGGCGGCCAUUGACCGCAAGGUUCCGGCGGAUCUGCACGCCGCCGCAGAGGGGUCCGGUGACGGCGCCCUCAGUGAUGCCGAGCUGAUGGCAGCGCUGGCUGGCUCCGCCAAUGGUAAAGCACCUGGGUCGGACGGGGUUCCGUACGAGGUGUACAAGGUCUUCUGGGCGCUGCUGGGUCCGCGCUUGUGUGCUGCUGCUGCCGCUGCCUUUGCUGCCGCUGCAGACGCCCACGAUGGCGGCGAAAUGGCGGCGGCGCUGCCUGCUUCCUGGCGGGAGGGCAUCAUUACGCUCAUCUACAAGGGCAAAAGCCUGGACCGCGCCGACCUGGCGUCCUACCGGCCCAUCACGCUGCUCAACUGCGACUUCAAGAUGGUGUCCAAGGCCGUCAGCGCCCGCCUGCAGCCCGCCCUGGAUGCAGUUGUGGAUGAGCUGCAGACCGCGUUCAUCACCGGCCGCUGGAUUGGAGACAACGCGCUGUACCUCCAAGGCCUGAUUGAAUGGAUGCGCCUGGACGUGGGCGCGGACGGCACGCCACGGCAGGGUGGUGCGCUGUACUUCUUGGACAUUGAAAAGGCGUAUGACCGGGUGCACCGGCAGUGGCUGUAUGCGUCCGCGGAGGGACUUGGGUUUGGGCCGCGCAUGCUGCGCUGGAUCCGCCUGCUCACUGCCAACGGCUCUGCCCGCGUGUGUGUGAACGGGAUGCUCUCUGACGCCUUCCCAGUGCUGAACGGCUUGCCGCAGGGCAGCACCGCCUCACCACCCCUGUGGGUCAUCCAGAUGCAGCCACUGACGUCCUUUCUGCGGCGGCAGGUGGAGCAAGGGGCACUGCGCACGCCCCUGUUACCCAGUGGCGAGCAGGCGCCACCGGCUGCCCACCACGCUGACGACACGACCCUCACGGCGCGCGACCCGGCGGUGGACGGGCCGGUCCUGAUGGCGGCAGUACAGCUGUUCUGCCGCGCGUCCAACGCCCGUGUCCAUCCGGACAAGAGCAAGGCCAUGGGCCUUGGCAGGUUUGCGCACCUGACGGGCCCUUGCCCACACACGGGGGUGCCGUUUACCACUGGCGCCGUGACGCACCUGGGUGUGCCCCUGUCGUGGGACUCUGAUGCGGCUGCAGCUGACUUGUACACCCGGCGGGCUCGCGGCAUGGCGUUUGUGGCGCGUCUGUGGGCUGCCCUGUCUCUGACUCUCGUUGGCCGUGUGCACAUUGCGAAGCAGGUGUUGGCGGCGAAGCUGGCCUACCACUUCAGCUUCCUCAACCCGUCGCCUGCGCAGCUGAAGGACCUCACCGCCCUGGUGGACCACUUUGCUGCGCGCUCCAUGCACGCUGAGGACGCCAGCCUGGUGUCGCACGGGAACCCGCUCCUGCUGCCAAAGCGGGAAACGGCCUGUCUGCCGUACAAGGAUGGGGGUGUCAACCACGUCGACCUGCCUGCGUUCCUGUCUGCCCUGCAAGCUAAGACCUUCGCCCUCCUUGCCCAGCCAGGCCGGCAACCCUGGAAGAUGCUCACCCGGGCGCUGCUUACCCAUGUGCGCCCGGACUCUGCCACCACGUGGGCGUGGGUGUACAGCGACGCGCCGGCGCCAGCGGGGCUGCCUGCCCGGCUGGCGGCCGCGGUCGGCCACGUGCGGAGCGCGGGCGUGGAACAGCAUCCGCCGCAGCCAGCCACUCAGCCGCCAGCAGCGCCACCACAGUGGCGGGUUAGCCUGGACCAGCUGUGGGUGGCUAACGCUGCGGGGGCUGUGUCCUACGUCCAUUACACGGGGCGGCUCUUGGAGCCUGGGCCUGGCGUGCUGCCCCCGGCGGUGGAUGGGGCGUGGCAGCCUGCCUGUGUGCUGCAGCAUCGCAAGCCGCGGCACCUGUGGACCUUUGAAGAGCGGGCGGCGUACGAUGCAGCAUUACCAGGGGACCGGGCGGGGGCGUGGCCUCGGGCGCCGUACUUCCUGGCGCCGGAGGCUGGGGUGGUAGUGCACCCGGAGCACUGCCGGAUUGCGGGUGUCAGCUUAGCGGACUACACGGUGCGGGACGUGCGGCGGGCCAUCACCGCGGCCAACCCGGCCGCACCUCCGGCUCCGGCCCGCCCCGCAGCCAUGCCGUGCCCGGCGCCAACACAGCAGGCGGGGGCUUCGGGGCCCCAGCCGGUGGCACAGUCGCGGCUGGCGGAGCGGGAGGCGGAGUGGCAGCGUGCAGCGGCGCAGCUGACCACCACGGCGGCGCAGCACUUCCACAAUAACCCGGUGGCUCUGGACCCCUGGCUCCACCGCACCUCCGCGGCAGCCGGGCUGCAGAACACGCCGGCGAGAGAACUGCAGUCGUAUGCGUCCCCGUCCCAGCAGUCAGCUUAUGCGCAGGCGAGGACGUGGCUGCAGCAGCUGUGGGCCUGCCUUGCGCCCCAGGCAGCGGCGCCACCAGUGAUGGACGCGGGCUUCAUGCUGGGGGACCGCAUGGGUAUGUGGGCCUCAGGCCCGCGGGGGGCGGGCGCGCUGCUGUGGAGCACUUUGCGGGCCACCUUCUUGUACGCCGUCUGGUGUGCGUACUGGUCCCGCGAGCCUGCUAAGCAGACGUCGGAGCAUGUGGUUCGGGAGGUGGUCAGCGAGCUGCGCAGGGUGAUGCAGCUGCGUUUCACUGCCGCCACGCUAACCCCUGAAACCCUGUCGGCUCUGCCCACACAGCUUCUCACCGCACAGCUCAAGGCGGCUAAGCUGGCGCACUUUGUUGCCAUCUGGACGGCGGGUGGCACGUUCUGUGAAGUGGAGGAGGUUCAGGCUCUGGCUGGCGUCGCAGCGCCUGGGCGGCUGUGGGACUUCCUGCACAGCGCGUCUUGCAGCGGGCUGGAGCCCGCUUAGUCAGUGCCACAUCUGGCCCGUUUAGUUUUCUGCUUGUGUCUCCUCUGCCGGUUCUCCUGGGGUGUUGCUUAAGCAACCGACUUGUGGGGGUGGGGUGGGUUUGGGCGGGGCGAGUGCGUAGCGCUGGUGUUUUCUUUUCUGGCGCGCGGUGGUGGUGGUUCUUGCGGUUAGGCUGUGGUGUAGUUUGGUGCUUGGGUUAGGUCUGGCGGUGUUUUUGUGCAACCCCUCCCGGGGGGCGGGGGGGCCAGCCUCCUGCUCUGUCUGCCGGGUCGGGGUGGGGUGGGGUGGGAUGGAUGGGGGUGGUUGGUGGCGGUUUUCGAGGUGUUUGCUUUCUGUUUUCUUUUUUUUUU